UUGCUUCCAAUUUUUCGGUUCAGAUUUGUGCUCAAUGAACAACGAUUUAUGUUAGGGUUUGGUUGUAAUUAUGUUCAAUUGUUACUGGGCUUGAAACGCUAUACUUCAAUUUGGAAUAAUCAGUGUUAUAACUUCAAUUUUCAUCAAGUUCUAGUUCAUUUUCAAACUAUUUUGGAGUCUUGUUGUUCGUUUUUGAAGCUUUCAUGCUUCGUUGUGUAUAUGGAUAGCUAAUUGUCAAUUCGGGUAAUUUUUUUUUUUUUUUUUUGUUGAAUGUGAGUAAAGUAUAGAAGCUAAAGUCUGGAUAUAAUUGAGUGUUCACCUUUUGGAAAAAACGAUAAUAAAUAUAUGAAUCAUAAAGUUCAAAUCUUUUUAUUUAUUUUUUUCUUAUUUUCCUGGGAAAGCAGAGUGUGAGGUAGUGUUUAGUAUCUUAAUGUAGCUAUGUUUAUUUGAAGUUUUUACUAUUUUGUGGGUUUUAUUCAAAUGUUAGCUAAAAACUCUGGAACUAUAUCAUGAACUAUAAGGUGCUGAUAAUUAAGUUGUUGCUGAUGAGUGACUGUGACUGACAUGAAAUUGUGGGUAAAGAAAGACUAGUAGCUGUUGAUUUUGAAUUGUGAAAUAUAAUGACUUAAGAUUUGAGAAUCCAUCAAUCGUCUGCUCUACCUUGAAAAAUGAUUGUAUAUUGGUGCGGGUGAUUUGAACUGUCAUCAAGUAUAUCACAUGUAAAUUGAUAAUAAAAAAAUUGAAAAGAGGGGUGACAUUUGAGAGUAUUUGAGUUGUUAGGCUUGUGGUUUGCUCUUUAGUUCUGAUUUUCAAUUGCUUUGGCCUACCUACUCAGUGAAAGUCCAAGGGUUCUUACUUCCCAAAGAUUGUAAGGCUCAGCAAGGGUCCUAGUUUUCUAAUCCAGUUCAUAAAUGGGUUUAAAGAAUUUAUGGGUUAAAAUUAGUGGAGGGGAGACUGGAGGUUACAAUUAGAUGAAAUGCAAAUAGUGGAAUUUUUUGGAAAUGUAAGGUCAUUUAAGAGGAAUAUUUGUUUUAGUUGGCCGAAGGAGUGAGAAGCGUCAAAUUGAAUAAUUAAAAUCUUCAUUUUUUACUUUUGGCAUAAAAAUAAACUGGGCCUAUUUGAGUUUUAUUAUCUGUGUACUUUAUUUGUUUUUUUGUGUAUACUUGGUAUCCUCUAAUACGAUAAAUUCUUUUAUGAUUGAGCAGUUUAAAAGUUGAACAAUCAAUGCAGUGCAUAAUUUUAUUACUGAAUGGACAAAUGUUCAAGUAUUUAAAUUCUGGAUUUAAAUAACAAUAAGUAGCUUAGAUGUUAGCAAAAGGAAGGAAGGUUCCUGUCAGGGGAGAAGCAGCGCCAGUGAACUAUGCAUUUGGCCCACAUGAGGAUGACGUAAUAAUAAAGCACAGACUUCUAACCCGAACGACCACCACAAGGGGUGAACCCCCGUUGAAGAAACUUCAGAAGAAGUUCACCUCAUUUGUUCUUGAGAUAGAGAAGGAUGAAGAUAACUAUAAAGACUGUGCAAAACUUUCCAAAGCUUUCUUACAGGAGUUGUCCACUUUUGAGAUUCCACUUCUCAAAAGCAAAGCCGUUAUUGAUGCAAACAUAAGAGAAAAAGAGAAUUUUAAUGAACUGAAAGAAGAGAUAAACAGGCAGAUAGCACAGGCGGAGGCUGACAUAGAAGAUCUAAAGAAACAACUUGAAGAGAGUAAGAUUGAAAGACAGCACAAGGAGGAGUGCGAGGCAAUUAGGAAAUUGAUUGCUUUGCAGCCACCAAGAUCAGAGACACAGAAGAUAAUUACAGACCUGGAGAAAGAGAUUGCAGCAUUAGAGGCAGAGAAUACAGCAGGUUCUAGGUUGCUGGAGCUUCGCAAGAAACAGUUUGCUCUCUUAUUGCAAGUGGUGGAUGAGUUGCAGAAUACUAUAGAAGAAGAGCAGAAGAAUUUGAUAGAGGAGAUGAGAAUGGCUGAAGAGCAGAAGAGUGGGUUAGAGGACGCUAGUGUGGGCUCAGAAGCCAUGGCUGUUGACUAGUCCAAUGUGGCAUCUCAGUUUAUCAGUUGUAAGGUUGUCAAUUCAAUCAAAACUUCUUUAUUUGUUCUUAAGUGCAGGUUUAUUUUGGUCUUCAGGAUUUUGUCCAAUGUUGUUGUGACAUAUUAUAAAGAUUUUGGAAUAUGACAGUUUAACAUCAGUUUUUCCAUAUGUAGAUACCAAGUUGUUGGAAUUGGGAAAAAAGAGUUUGUAAUCUAUUAGCAGGAUAAACAUGAAUGCAGCUGGCGUUUAUUUUCUAAUAUUGCUUUGAAAUGCAAAACUUGAUGGUUUGAAUGGUCU